ACAGCAACAUGAAAUGAGGAUGCGAGCUUCUUCAAGAUUGAAUGAUUGGACGAAAGUGAAUCAACAGUCGAGGACCAAGCAGGUUUUCCUAAUUCUUUCACAGACUACCUCGAUAAUCAAGCUGGUCAGCAACGUGCAUGCUUAGAGCAAGGCUCCGGUUUCCGAGAAGGUGGCCAUGAGCGCGGACGACCUCGGUGGGGGCGGAUUUUCAUUUCCCGUGCUGGAUCAACCAGCUGAGGCGCCAAAGAAGAUACCCCUCACCGCCUUCUCCACGGUCACGGACAGAUCUGGGUCAGCGGCGAAGUCUCCAGAAGCACCAGUACCCAUCACAGACAAGCCGGCCCGAUCGAAGGUACCACUAGAAAAGGGCUACAGCCAGGUGGACUGGCUCAAGCUCUCGAAAUCUGGCGCAGACCUGAAUGGACUUUCCGGCGGCUCCCUGCGGAGAGACAUUACCUUAGAAGAGGUGAAGAAGCACUCCACGCUGGAGGACGCGUGGAUGGUGCUGCGUGGCAAGGUCUACAACAUCAGUCCCUACCUGCGCUUCCACCCCGGCGGCGUGCCCAUCCUCAUGAAGGCAGCAGGCAAGGACGGCACCGCCCUGUUCAGCAAAUAUCACCCCUGGGUGAAUGCGGACGCGCUCUUGGAGAAAUGCCUGGUGGGGCUACUGGCGCCCGCGCCUGAGGCGGGGGCGGAGGCGCAGGCCAAGCCGGCCUCGUCAUAGGGUUUGGCGAGUGCGGGUGGUGGAAGUCCAUCUGGAGGGGUGAAGUUGAGUCUUCUUGAUUGUGACUUUCGGUAAUAAGCGCCGAACUGUGCGUGUUCUAUGCAGGGGAGGUUAUAUGUCCUGUGUUGUCUGUGCUGGCACAUGUUCAAGCUGAUGGUGGUGCGACUCGUGUUGAUACGGGUGCUCUAGUGUACGGGAGAAGACGAGCAUUGCACGCAACCCUACUACGAGCCGGUUCGACGCAUUGCGGAAUAGGCAGGUGAUAGGGGCAUGUGUACAUCAGUAAUAUGUAGUUUGCGGGUGGUAGACAAACUGGCUGGGGUGCGCUUCGCGCAAUUACUGAGGCACCCUGGCCAAGUGUAUGAAGUUCUUCAGGCAGCCGUUACUAUACUGCAAUUCUUGGGGCGCAGACUGCACUUUGGGACAGGUUUUUAGGGUUGCGGAUUUGUGAUCUACUGCCACCAUGCCUGGAACAAGUGCGUAGUAACACAUGCAAGUUGCGGCAGAGGGCGGCAGGGUUUUCUGGGGUUUUGGCCUGUCUGGUUUUGGCCGCCGUGUUCAUUUGCAGUGGGCAGCGGCCAGAGACCCGAUGCUAGUACUUUUGUUAUGGAUGCAUUAUCAUAGGUUCUUGAGGUGGCGCUUGCGCCGUGGUGAACACCAGUUCAUAGGAAGCUGAUGCGUCGUCGACGAUCGAGAACGUACAGUCAACACUUCAGAAAGCCGCGGCAGGCACUAUUACAUCAGUACUAGCUUAGCGUGUGUGCUUCUGAACUAUGGGAGCCCUCGCGAGACCCUUAGUCUGGCCCUUGGUUCUCGUUCUCGCUCUAACGGAGAUGUAGGAACCUAGUUUUGAUUGUUAAAGCUUGCUGUUGAGCAGGAUCUAUUAAAUACAUGGCG